AUGGAUAAUGUUUCAGGUGUGUUUACUCUGAUAGGGAUAAGUGGUACAGACACGUACAGAGCCACUCUGUUUUUUCUAACAUUAUUGUGUUACUGUGUGAUCUGGCUGGUAAAUUUGGUGAUUAUCGUGACAAUUAUUGUGGAUAAGAGCCUUCAUGAACCCAUGUAUAUUUUCCUGUGCAAUCUGUGUAUCAACGCACUUUAUGGUGCAGCAGGAUUUUACCCCAAAUUCCUCAUGGACCUCCUGUCUUCAUCUUAUGUCAUUUCUUAUGCUGGAUGUCUUCUGCAGGGGUUUGUGCUUCACUCCUCUGCUGCAGCUGAUUUUUCUAUUCUUGUCCUCAUGGCCUUUGACAGAUAUGUGGCGAUAUGUCGACCUCUGGUGUACCACUCUGUGAUGACUAAACAGAGGGUUUGUGUGCUUCUGUUUUUUGCUUGGCUUGUACCUUUGUGUGUGUUGUUAAUGAGUACAAUAACAACAAUAACAUCAACAACAAGGUUAUGUGGCUCACACAUACCAAGGAUUUACUGUAUUAAUUUUUUGGUUGGUAAACUUGCAUGUCAGGCCUCUAUAUCAAAUGUCAUUAUCCCAGCCUUUAAUUACACUUUUUAUAUCGGGCAUUGUCUUUUUGUUAUUUGGACUUAUAUGUAUAUUCUAAAAACAUCCAUAAAAUCUAAAGAGAACAGGCAGAAAUUUAUUAAGACGUGUCUGCCACAUCUAUUCUCAUUAGUUAUUUUUACUUUCUCUCUGUUUUUUGAUCUUGUGUACAUUAGAUUCACCACAAAAUAUAUAUCACAAAGUGUAAAGAACUUUUUAGCACUAGAAUUUAUCUUUUUUCCUCCAAUCAUCAAUCCACUCAUAUAUGGAUUUAAAAUGUCACAAAUAAGAAACAGAAUCACAAAAUGUUUUGGUUGUAAAUGUUAG